AUGAUAACGACAAGUUUAAUAGAGUCAUUAUAUACAGCUGCCUCCAUCUCGUAAGGUAUGUAAUUAAUGAGUAAACAGUAAUGUAUUAACUAUAAAUAUAUCUAGAGGUCUUGACAAAUUAUUUUUAAAAAGAUUUACAUCUGUUAAUGCUAUUUGUGCAUACUUUCUCCAAUGUUUUAAGCACUAAAUAAAGUAUGCAAGGUGCAUAUCUGGUUAUAAAUCUUAAAUGCUCUGAGUUUAAUUCUUGUUUUCCAGAUUGUUUAUUUAUUUCUUAUUCCUCAUUUAAGAGCGAGGUAAGAUUUGCAAAUUUAGUGCAUGAAGGAUACAAUAAAUAGAAACCUAGAUGCAAACAGAAAUAAGCACUGAUGUCAUAAUAUUUUAAGAUAGUACAACAUCAAUUCAGCAAAUACAAGGUGAUGUAGGAUAAUUGCAAUUGUUAUACAUGUAUUUCCAGCACACCUAUUCAACCAAUAGUUGAAAACGCUUAGGUUAUUUCAUAAUAUAAUGUCUUAAUAGAUAUAUUUUAUACAUGA